UUUUAAAUGCGUGACAUAAACAUAAUAUAAAAAAACGUACGGUAUUGAGUAUUGACAUUGAAAACAAGUUGUUGAAAUAAUAAAACUAAAUAUCCGUAGGAUAUAGCAAGAUGGUAAAAAGAGAGAAACAGAGUUUCACCCACCCGAAAAGAAAGUGAAAAAGCACAAGAGAAAGCAGUGUUAUCUGAAGAGUUGAAUAGAAUGUUUUGAUGUUAUGGAGGUGGGAUCUGAUAUGAUGAAGAGUGGAAAAUUGGAGUGAGGUUAAAACUUAAAAAGUAUAGUGUAGAGUAUAUAGACGUUGGCAUGGUAUGCGAGGUGUCUUAUUUUUCUAAAGUGGGUCCAUGUCCAUUGUCCAUCGAGUGGAUGGAUGUGUGAAGCGAAGCUUUAUAAGAGGGAAUGAGAGAAGUGAGUUGUUAAAAGGCAAAUAAGAGAAUGGGGGUUUCAGCGGAGAAGGCAGAGACAGAGAAGUCAAAGGGAGGAGAGGCAGAGAGCAAGAAGAUAAAACGCAUUCGUGAUCGUGACUCCAGCAGGCACCCGGAGUACCGGGGCGUGCGGAUGCGGAACUGGGGAAAAUGGGUGUCCGAAAUCCGCGAGCCUCGCAAGAAGUCGCGGAUAUGGCUCGGCACAUUCCCCACGCCGGAAAUGGCCGCCAGGGCGCACGACGUGGCGGCGCUCAGCAUCAAAGGCUCCGCCGCCAUUCUCAACUUCCCCCACCUGGCCGCCUCCCUCCCCCGGCCCGCCUCCCUGGCCCCCCGCGACGUCCAAGCGGCGGCGGCCAAGGCGGCGCACAUCGACCCCUCCUCGCUCUCCUCGGAGGAGCUGACACAGAUAGUGGAGCUUCCCUCUCUGGAGGGGUCUCUGGAUUUGGAGAAGGAGUUCGUGUUGGUUGACUCUCUGGACUCGUGGAUGUACCAGAAUCAGGGUCCUAUGGGUUUCGACACUGAACAAGGUUUGGAGGGUUUCACGUGGAAUUACUAGGUUCCAUCUUUCCUUAAUUCCUUUCUUUCUGUCUCAUGUCGCUCUACCCUCUAUGUGUUGUAUAAAUACUUGUCAUUUUCUUCUCCUGUGUGUCUCUCAUCUCAGCGCAGCAGCCACUUGUGGUUUUUCUUUCAGGGGCUACCUGCUCAUGCUCAUGCUCAUGCUCAUGCUCAUGCUCAUCUUCUCAUUUUUUUUCCUCUGUCUUUUCUCUCCAUAUUCAUUGUACAUGCCUACAAAUUAAUAAAGUGAGAGGAGAAUUUCAUUUUCUGUUUUC